CAAUCAAAACAUUCCGCGCACCGGGAAGCUGCAGAAUCGAUCCGUUUUAGUUUUCCUACGCAAAAAAAGGAGUUCAGCUUGAAACCAUGUCCGGCCAGUACCCGAGCGGCUACCAGAGUCCCAGCAGCCACCGGGGGAACUUCAACAGCCCGAUGAUGCAGCAGCAGCUGGGCGGGGGCGCCGGCGGCGGCGUUCCGAGUCAGAUGGGGUUUAAUCAGGGCAUGCAGCAGAACCAGCAGAUGCAGGGUGGUGGUCAAUCCGGUGGGGGAGGGGAGUUGGGAAUGAAUCCGAAUCAGAUGGCGGGAGGGCAACAGCAGCAGCAGCCGGCUGGGGGGAAUCAGGCCGGAGGACAGCAGCAGCAGCAAGCUGCUGGUCAGGGUGCGGCCCAGCAGUCACAGGCGCCGCAGCAAUCGCCGCAGUCGGGGCAGCAAGGGCAGGGCGGUGGGAAUAUGAUGGCUCCUGCGGGGGCGCCGGGACCGGUGGCCACGACCGGGCAGCCGAACAUGCAGCAGCAGAAGGAGUUUAACUUGCUGACGCUUUGCCGGAUUGGGCAGGAAACGGUGCAGGACAUUGUGAGCCGGUUUCAGGAGGUGUUUGGAAUAUUGCGCGUGAUUCAACCUCCGAACGGAACGAACCAGGGGCUGACCGCGAGUAACGACAAGAAGGCCAAGGUGCAGGAGCAGUUUAGGACGAUUCGGUUACUGUUCAAGCGAUUGCGGCUGCUGUACGACAAGUGCAAUGACUUUUGCCAGCAGGGGAUGGAAUACACGCACGUGGAAGGGUUGAUUCCGGUGAAGGGGGAGCCGGAGCGGACGGAGCCGGUGCACACGGAAGAGUACAAGAAGGCCAUGCAGGAGAACCGCGAACUGAUCGAGAUUGUGAUGCUCAAGAACAAGCAGCUGCGGGAGAUUAUCGACAAGAUCCGGCUGACGAUUUGGGAGAUUAACACGAUGCUCAGCAUGAGACGGUGCUGAUCGGUUCCGGGACGGGUAAGUGGGCUUGGAUUUCUUUCUCAAACAAUCAAAACGACUUUUAAGAGGUUUGGUUUUUGGUUCUCGAUUGCACCUUUUUCGAUUUAUUUGUUCUCAUUUUACCUUAAACUCAAAUAAAUAGUGAACUUGCUCGCGCA